AGUAAAACACUAAACUAUUAAACGACGUGUCGUUUAGCCGAAAUCUCCCCUCCUUCCCCCCGCCCGUGAAGAGAAAGAGAAAAACAAAACAGAGCCUCCGCAAACAGUAACCAAACGAAAGAGAGGAAAAUGGGGAAUCCGAAGCAGAAGUGGACAUCGGAGGAAGAAGAAGCACUUAGAGCAGGAGUAGCCAAACACGGAACAGGCAAGUGGAAGAACAUACAGAGAGAUCCCGAGUUUAAUCCAUUCCUCUUCUCCCGCUCUAAUAUUGAUCUCAAGGAUAAAUGGCGGAAUAUGAGUGUUAGUGCUGGCUUACAAGGUCCUCGGGAAAAAUCACGGACACUAAAACCAAAAGCUGGUUCAGAUGCUCCAGCUGCACCAUUGUCUACUCCACAGACUUCAACUGCUACUACUGCUGUUGCUGCUACUGCUACUGCAGCGGUGCCUGAUGCAUCAGUAGAUUCAACCAUUGAUGAUUCUGCUAGAAGCUGUGCACCAAAGUACAAUGCAUUGAUUUUUGAAGCUAUUUCUACCUUGAAAGAGCCCAAUGGAUCUGAUGUUUCUGCAAUUCUCAGCUUUAUUGAGCAAAGGCUUGAGGUGCCACAAAAUUUCAGGAGGCAGUUAAGUUCAAGGCUGAGAAGGUUGGUUGCGCAAGAAAAACUUGAAAAGGUCCAAAAUUGCUUCAAGUUAAAGGAAGCUGCUGUGUCAGGAACACAAACACCUAUUCCAAAGCAGAAGGAUAUCAGGCCUAGGCCAUUGCAGAGCAUUAACCAUAUAUCCUCUGCAAAUACAGUGGAAGCAGCGGCUGUUGCUGCAGCCAGUCAGAUUGCUGAUGCUGAAAACAAGUCUUUUGUGGCAGCUGAAGCAGUUAAAGAGGCAGAAAGGAUUUCAAGGAUGGCUGAAGACACAGAUUCACUGCUUCAGUUGGCCAAAGAGAUUUUUGAGAAAUGUUCACAAGGUGAAGUUGUGCUUAUGGCAUAUUGAGUCAGCUCUUAUGGCUUAGAGAGAUGACUCCUGCAAAUGCAAUUAGCAUAUGUAAAUAUUGCUUAAUGUUUACAUGGCUGGUUUUAUGGUAAUCAUUUGCUCCAUUAAACUUUUCAAAUGGGGUGCAAAUACAAUAAAAGGUCUUUCUUUUUUCAUUUUUCUAAAUAAAGUUUAUACUGUAACUCUUAAAAUAGUCA